AUGAUUAUCUCAUAUCUGGCUCGUCUUGUUCUUCUACUACCGGACUUAUCAGCCGCGGACACUAAUAGAUUAGCUGAUUUAGCUCAACAGCAGUUAAAUGAUUAUCCAAUGCAAUAUCAGAUGUUUCAAGAUAAUUCUGAAUCUUCUUUACGACCACCAUCAACAGAACAACGUAUGAUGGAUCGACAGAAAAUGACUGGAAAACGUAAAAAAUUUCGUAAAGAUCGCGAACGUUUGAAUGAACCAGUAUCUCAAUCAACUACCUCAUCUACAUCGCCCAACUCCGAAUCGUCUGAUUGUCGACCAAUUGAUGAACAAUUGAGGAAAAACUUAUUACAGGAACUAUUUUCUGAAAACUACGAUAAGAAUAACUUGCCCAGCUCCAAUUCAACAGAGGUUAUUGUUGAGCUGACUGUUCAAUCCAUCACAGAAAUCAGUGAAUUCUCAUCAUCAUUCAAAGCUGAUGUAUGGUUUUCACAAAUAUGGCGCGAUCCUCGUCUUGAUUUUACUGAUAGGAACUAUUGUAUCAAAAACAUUUCAUUAGCAGCUCAUAAGUUGCCACAACUCUGGUCACCGAAUGUCUGCUUCGUAAACAGCAAGAAGGUUGAAAUACAUUCAUCACCAUCACAGAAUAUCUUAUUGCUCAUCUUUCCCAAUGGAACAAUUUGGCUCAAUUUUCGUGUUUCCUUAAUUGGUCCAUGCAAAUUAGAUUUAACAUACUUUCCAAUGGACAGACAGUCUUGUAAUUUAAUAUUUGAAAGUUAUUCAUUCAAUACAGCUGAAGUACGUAUAGUAUGGAGAGAUUGGGAGCCUGUCUCUAUACCAGAUCCAGAUUCUAAGAAUCUCCCUGACUUUGAAUUGAUAACCUAUGAACAUCGAAAUGCAACUCUUGUUUAUACGGCUGGACUAUGGGAUCAAUUGGAAGUUCAAUUUACAUUUAGACGUUUGUAUGGAUAUUAUGUGUUGCAGGCUUAUAUGCCAACUUAUUUAUCUGUUUUCAUCUCUUGGAUAGCUUUCUGGAUUGAUACGAAGGCUUUACCAGCCCGAAUAACAUUAGGAGUAUCAUCACUCAUGGCUUUGACCUUUCAAUUUGGUAACAUCGUUAAGAAUCUACCUCGUGUUAGUUAUGUUAAGGCUCUAGAUAUUUGGAUGUUUGGCUGUGUUGGCUUCAUCUUCUUAUCACUAGUAGAGUUAGCUGUUGUGGGAUUUGCCGAUAAAGUGGAUGCAAAACGACGACGUAUAGCUCGUACCAAAGAACAACUGCUGUUGCGAUCCGACUCAGAACAGCAAUGGCUUUCACGUAUGGGUCAACAACGACAUAUUUAUACAGAUGCCCGUUUACCUAGUGAAGAAUUACCACCUCCAUCGGGAGCUCCUCUUCUCCAAAAUCAUGAUGGGAAUGGACACUUACGUCGAAAGCGCUUGGAAGACCGUCAACGUUUACAAAAAAUUUAUAUGACAGUUGAACAACCAGUUCAUGUGAAUGGCGAACAGAUAGAUGAGAUUUCUGCCAAGCUAUUCCCAUUACUAUUCACAGCUUUCAAUAUAUUUUAUUGGUUUUACUACAUCGGAAUGUCAGGAGGAAUAAUAUCCAAGUAG